AAUGCAUUGAAAUGACAACAAAUCAAUGUUUUUUGAUCGCAAGUAAAGUUUAUUAUAGUUUACGUAACAGUUAUUUACAAUUUAGACAUUUUGUGCGAAAUUAAAAUUAAAAGUGAAUUAAAUUUUAUAUAUUUAGCAAUCGAUUGAGUGUUUGAGUGAAAGUUUGGGUCACUUUUAUUGGACGGCAAAGUAAUCGUUGGUUUGCAUUGAAUUGAAAACACGUGGCAUUGAAUCGCUUGGAAAUGAGUGGAGACGACAAAUCAAACCACAAUUUGAGUCAAUUGUUCAGUGAUUUGUCGCGAUUGGAACAGUUGGCCGACUUCGACAAAGCACUUCAGGUCACCCACAAAAUAUUAAAUGAAGACAAACAGAACCAGAAGGCGAUUGAGUGUCAGAUUGUGUGUCAAAUCCAAUUGGGUUUGUUUGAGGACGCGAUCACUCGAUUGGAUCAAUUGAAGCAAAGCGAUCCUGACUUAGCACAACAACUGAAGUACGAAAGGGCUUAUUGUGAAUAUCGGCUCAAUUAUGUGGAGGAAGCCAUCGAUACAUUGGAUUCACUUAAAGAACCGGACUUUCGUGUCAAAGAACUGCGCGCUCAAGCGUUAUACCGAUUGGAAAGAUUUGAUGAAUGUUUUGAUCAAUACUUGGAUUUAAUUAAGAAUUCUGAUGACGACUACGAAGACGAACGACAGACCAAUUUGGCUGCAGUUGUGGCCAGUCUUAGCAUUAAUUGCAAACAGGAAUCCAUUAAAUCCAAACAUCCGAUUGAAGAACAGACAUACGAACUGAUUUACAACAAGGCUUGCGCUCUAUUAGGCGCCGGUCUUUUCGACGAAGCACUUCAAAAGCUCAAUACCGCCGAAGACAUGUGUCGGAAGACGUUAGAAGAGGACGGCGCCACUGAGGAGGAGAUCGAGUCAGAGCUCGCCAUCAUUAGGACUCAAAUCGCAUAUUGUUAUCAAUUGCAGAAGAAGGACGACACGGCUCUUCGCAUGUAUAAUCAAGUCCUUAAACAAAAACCCAGCGAUACCGCUUUGUUGGCCGUUGUGUCCAAUAAUGUCGUCUCCAUUAAUAAAGACCAGAAUGUCUUUGACUCGAAGAAAAAGAUGAAAACCGCUUUGAGUGAAGCCUUGGAGUCGAAACUGUUUUUACUUCAGCGCCAGACUAUUCUCUUUAAUAACUGUCUUCUUCUGCUUCACACCAAUCAAAGCGAUUCCUUUCGGAAACAAAUGGAAGAAAUAAAGAAGAAAUUUCCGCAACAGAUAUCAGAAGCGGUUCUCUUAGAAGCAGCCCUUCUGUGCAAAGAGAAGAAAGUGUUGGAUGCCAUCAAUUUCCUCAAACAAUCCAUUAAAGGCAACAAAAAUCUAUUGCUUGAAGUGCCGUUAGUUUUGGCACAACUUCUCAUUAAAAACGGAGACAUUAGUGACGCGUGUCAUGUGUUGCGGUCUUUGGGAGACGAGACCUAUAAAACUGGAAUCAUUUCCACUUUAAUCUCAUUGUAUCUCCAUUUGGAUGACAAAAAGUCCGCCACUUCUCUGCUCACCGAAGCUGUCAAUUGGUAUGAGAAGAAUAUGCCCGAAAGUCCACAAUUGUAUGCUCUGUAUCGAGAAAACGCUCGAUUCUUAAUGGACACCAAUCAACCCGAAGCGGCCGUCAAACUGUUGGAGAGAUUGCGCAAAAAGAAUCCUAAAAAUCACAACAUUUUAUCGCUUCUGAUUAGCGCUUAUUCCCAAUUCAAUCCCCAAAAGGCCAAUGAGAUCAGUAAAGAUCUGCCACCGAUUGAGAGCAUUAUCGAAGAGAUAGAUGUGGAACAGUUGGAGACCAGCAACUGGUCGUUAGGCGCCAAAUACGUGAAGAAGACGACCAAAACCGAGACACCGAAUGUCAAUCCGAACGCAACGACUGAUAAGAAAAAGAAGAAGAAGAAAAAGACAAAACUGCCGAAGAAUUACGACCCGAAAGUAGAACCCGAUCCCGAGAGAUGGCUCCCGAAGUAUGAGAGGUCCACAUAUAAGAAGAAGAAGGAUAAACGCGGACAACAAAGUGUGGGCAAAGGAACGCAGGGAGCCGUCGGAGAACUGUAUGUCUCGAUUGAUAGCAUUGAUUUGACGACUCCGAAGGCGUCGACCGCAGCGGUGAGCUCUCCUCAGGGGCCGCGACAACAGAGACCCACUCAGAAGAAGAAGAAGAAAACACAAAGAAGAUAA